AUGGAGGGGGAAGUGUCUUUCUCAGGGGGCAUCAGGAGAAAGCUGGACGAGAGACGUCGCCGACUCAGGGGGGGGUCGGACAACCCCUCGGAUGCCAGCAGCACGACCGAUCAAGACCUUGACGUGCAGUUCAUCCGAGUCGAGAAAGAGCUGGAGUUGAAGACGAAGGAACUCUAG